AUGGCCUACUUGUGGGCGUUCGCCGGGAUUGGAUUAAUCAAGUCACUGACCUCAUCAUGCAGGGACCUGCUGCGCAUCACGUACACCAACAGGGGUUUGCGGGUGACGAAAUACCCGGUAGGGGCCAAACCAUUUAGUUUUAGAGGACGCCGAAUACUUGUCCUUCAUAUAUUAUCCGGCCAAAGAAGGCCGAGCACGUUGAAAGGCGUGUUUUAUCUCCUCUUGAGUGCAAUGAUAAGCGAAUGGCAAGAUAUUACUCAUACAUACAGUAGGCCAGACAUAAUUGUUCUGAAUCCCGACUAUCGUUGCACAAGUUAUGGUAGGAUCCACAAGGAAUAUAGGAAGACAGAAGCUCAAAUCUCGGUGAUAGCAACCUUCGAUGAUCGCCCUGCAAGUUUGGGCUUCGCUAGCCAAGGAUUCAAUAUUAAUAUUCAACGUUCAACCCUGAAGUCGCUGACGUGUGACGUCACAUACACUGGCAGGGACUCGUCCCUGCUGUUAUAUUGGAGAAUAUGGUAGGCCCCUACUCUCAAAAGACGUGCAUCUGGUCAGACUGGUCAUGAAUCUAAGAAUAUACUGUCAGCUUUUUCGGCAUAGCCAUCAGACUCUGGAGGAUGUCAUCAUAGAAAAUAACCUUUCUUGUCUAUUCCCGACCAGGGGGUUCAGCUGAUCAGGGGAGCACAGAUUUGAUCCUUUUGCAGGGUGAUCACCGUCAGAUAGCAAUAUUAUAAUAUUAAUAUGUACAAUGCAUCGUAUACAUGUGGUCCCGACUAAUACCAUGCGCCCAGAGACUCUUAAUACCAAGCACUUGUGGGGAAUACCAAUAAAAUAUGGAGGCUCGGAGGCGAGUUCCGCAACCUUCGAUGAUCGGUACAAAUAUCUAUGAAACAACGAUUCUGAUAUCUUCAAUCCUCCUUGUGUAUGUCUUUGACAACAUGCA